AUGCGCAGUGUACCCCUUCCUGCGCAUGCGCCUCGGUGCACGUACGCCUUCCUGAGCGACCCGCAGCCCAGUGUUGAGCAACCUCAAGAAGAGGAACCACCAGCUGAGAUUCAGGAUAUCACACCUGAAAAGGAGGAAGUAACUGGAAAGGAUCCAGUGAAUCCUGAUGAAGAGAAGGAGAAGGAUGCCUCUGAAGAUUCUGUCCUGGAAACUGAUCUCCGGGAAUUGGCUGUGGCAAAGACUGGGGGUCAGGGUGGAGAUGGUCCUGAUGUCAAGGAGGAGAUUGCAUCAAAUAGAGAGCCUGUUGAAAUGCCAGAAGCAGGUGAAGGGCAACCAUUUCCUUGAAAGAAGAUAAACUGAAAUGAUCUAUGCUGUUCUUACGUU